ACCUCUGUAUAUAUAUACAUGACCUGAUGAAAUUUUAAAUAUCAAGACAUAAGGAGCAGGUUAAGAUUCAAACAUCAACUCUAACCUUCUCCCUAGAGAGAGAAAUAUGGGCGGUUCUAUUCUUCCUUCAGCAGCAUUUGUGGGAAUUUUCAUCUCAUUGAUGACAUCGUUUCUCCUUCCAUGCCCUGCACUUGCCAAGGAUGAAGGCAUAACUAGGCACUACAAGUUUGAUAUCAAAUUGCAAAAUGUGACGCGACUAUGCCACACGAAAAGCAUGGUUACCGUGAAUGGGAAGUUUCCAGGCCCUCGCGUUGUAGCUAGAGAGGGUGACCGGCUUGUUAUUGAAGUGGUUAACCAUGUCCAAAACAAUAUUAGCAUCCACUGGCAUGGCAUUCGACAACUUCAAUCCGGAUGGGCUGAUGGACCAGCUUAUGUAACUCAGUGCCCCAUACAAACUGGUCAGAGCUAUGUGUACAACUUCACCAUUGUUGGCCAGAGAGGAACUCUCUUUUGGCAUGCACAUAUUUCAUGGCUGAGAUCAACAGUCUACGGUCCUUUACUCAUUCUUCCCAAGCACAAUGUUCCUUAUCCAUUUACCAAACCCUAUAAGGAAGUUCCUAUCAUCUUUGGAGAGUGGUUCAAUGCUGAUCCGGAGGCAAUAAUUAGCCAGGCUUUGCAAACAGGAGGGGGACCAAAUGUCUCUGAUGCCUACACCAUCAAUGGACUUCCAGGGCCAUUGUAUAAUUGCUCUGCUAAAGAUACAUUCAAGCUGAGGGUUAAGCCUGGAAAGACCUACCUUCUCCGCUUUAUCAAUGCAGCCCUCAACGACGAGCUCUUCUUCAGCAUCGCAAACCACACAAUGACAGUGGUGGAAGCCGACGCCAUUUACGUUAAGCCCUUUGAAACUAGGACACUUCUCAUCACACCUGGACAAACCACCAAUGUCCUUCUCAAGACCAAACCUUAUUUCCCAAAUGCUACAUUUCUCAUGACUGCUAGACCAUAUGCCACUGGCCUUGGCACCUUUGACAACUCCACAGUUGCCGCCAUUCUUGAAUACGAAUCACCUUCCCUUCAUUCAACCAUCUCAAUGAAGAAGCUUCCGCUCUUCAAACCAACCCUACCUCCUCUCAAUGACACCUCAUUUGCCACCAAUUUCACAAAAAAACUACGUAGCUUAGCGAGUGCUCAAUUCCCAGCUAAUGUCCCCCAAAAGGUUGAUAAGCACUUUUACUUCACAGUAGGCCUUGGGACUAGCCCAUGCCACCAAAACCAAACUUGUCAAGGUCCAACUAAUGGAACUAAGUUCGCGGCUUCCAUUAACAAUGUUUCCUUUGCACAACCAACCACAGCCCUCCUCCAAGCUCACUUCUUCGGGCAAUCAAAUGGUGUUUAUAACCCGGAUUUUCCAAUGAAUCCAAUGCAUUGGUUUAACUAUACUGGGAAUCCUCCAAACAAUACUAUGGUGAGCAAUGGGACCAAAUUGGUGGUACUUGCUUUUAACACUAGUGUGGAGCUGGUCAUGCAGGACACAAGCAUUCUUGGAGCUGAGAGCCACCCUCUCCAUCUCCAUGGAUUCAACUUCUUUGUUGUUGGACAAGGUUUUGGGAACUAUGAUCCGAAUAAGGACCCUAAAAGCUUCAAUCUUGUUGACCCUAUUGAAAGGAACACAGUGGGUGUGCCCUCUGGUGGGUGGGUUGCUAUUCGGUUUCUAGCAGACAACCCAGGGGUUUGGUUCAUGCAUUGUCACCUGGAAGUCCAUACUAGCUGGGGUUUGAAGAUGGCUUGGCUUGUCUUAGAUGGAAAGCUUCCCAAUCAAAAGUUGCUUCCUCCACCAGCAGAUCUUCCCAAAUGUUAAUCUUUGGUUCACUUCUGGAUUCACUACUUUUGGUUUGCAAAAAAUUGACAGCCUUUUUUCUACCCAUAUAAUUAAUUUGUUGGCUUUUUUUUUUUUUUCGGAGGAUUUGUGUUUCCUAAUUAAAAUUUUUGGUUUUUAUUAUUAUUAUUUUUUCCCUUGAGGAGAUAACGAAGAAGAGCGUGCUAACUUUUGUAACUUUCGGAACAUGUUUAUGCGAGUGUGAAAAUCAAUAAUUUUGUUGGAAUAUUGAGCUUUUAUUUUUCCGUUUUC